AGAGGUGUGCGCGAGGCCGAGCAGAUGGGGAGCCUGGCCCGGCCGGUGCUGGGCGUGCGGUGGUGCCGCCGGCUCUGGGCGCUGCCGGCAAGGACCGCUGCCGCUUCGCCGCCUUCUCCCUCCGGAGCCUCGCCGGGCUCGGGCUCGGGCUCGCUGAACCCCUUCGACCGCCGUCUGAAGCGGAAGCAGAAGAACUGGGCGGCGCUGCAGGCCGAGCCCACCAAAUGCGAUUACCUGCGGGAGGAGGUCGGCGGCAGGAUCGCGGACCGGGUGUUUGACAUCACCAGAACUUUUCCUCUCGCUUUGGAUCUUGGCUCUGGAAGAGGUUACAUAGCUCAGCACUUAACCAAGGAAACAGUUGAAAAACUUAUUCAAGUUGAUAUCGCAGAGAAUACUUUAAAAAAUGCUGCAGAAUCUGAAAUCCCGACGGUCAGGGUUGUAGCUGAUGAGGAAUUCCUUCCUUUCAAGGAAGAUACAUUUGAUCUUGUUGUCAGCAGCUUAAGUUUACAUUGGGUGAACAACCUUCCUAAAGCUUUCAGAGAGAUCCACCAGGUGCUGAAGCCAGAUGGGGUAUUCAUCGGGGCCAUAUUUGGGGGGGACACUCUGUAUGAGCUGCGCUGCUCCCUGCAGUUGGCUGAGCUGGAGAGGGAAGGGGGCUUCUCUCCUCACGUGUCACCCUUCACUGCCGUCGCCGAUCUGGGACGUCUGCUCUCCAGGGCUGGCUUUAACACCCUCACUGUGGAUACUGAUGAAAUCCAAGUGAACUACCCAGGGUUAUUUGAGGUUAUGGAAGACUUACAAGGUAUGGGGGAGAGUAAUUGCUCUUGGAAUAGAAAACCUCUGCUACACAGGGAGACAAUGCUGGCAGCUGCUGCAAUAUACCAAGAAAUGUAUGGAAACAGCGAUGGCUCAGUACCUGCCACGUUUCAGAUCUUCUACAUGAUUGGCUGGAAGUACCAUGAGUCACAGGCAAAACCAGCCCAGCGAGGUUCUGCCACAGUUUCAUUUGGCGAUCUGGCAAAAAUAGAAGGACUUCUUAAAAGAGGAAAAAAAUAGUUAUUCAUCAGAUAAUUAUCUUGAAACUUCUAUAAAAGUUUUAAUUACAGACAGUCUUCACUUGUCCUCAAUUAGUGAUGACAUCCUGAAAUGAUAAUAAAGUACGCACAGUAGAGAUUUUUGUACUGUGCUACAGCAUCAUCUGUGUGAAAUGGUGUUAAUUUUUUUGUUUCUAGGUAAAGAUUUGAGCAGUUUGCUCUCUGAAGUCUGAGAGAGCAGUUCAACUCUCUAAUUUUUAUUAAAUUUACUUUUUUAAAAAAAUGUCUCUUCCAGCAUGUCAGUAUCAAAGGGUGCUCCAGGUAUGGUUUACUUGUCUUGAAUGUAUUUUUUAAUUAUUUCUCAAGGAUGGUCGAUCAUAAUAAAUAAUAUUGUGCUAUAAAAAUAAAGAAUGAUAUCAGGUAUAUUUAUGAGACAUCCUAUAAGAGA